AUGCUAAGAAGCAAGGAUGGCUGGUCAUCGAAUCUUAAAUACGUUGCACAAGGAGUGACGACGACAAAGAAGACGAUCCUCAGGACGUCCUUAAUGCGCGCGAGAGCUGCAGUGAAAGGGAAAGGAUUCAGAUUCCCUUCAACGGCAUCGGUUGCGAGGAUCGACUCCACUCGAGUGGCCUAUAUCUCGCCGUUAAUUAUCCCUCGAAGGAACGGAGAGGGGCGGUCAUUCUUCUCGGGCGGAUCGAAAGGAAUAAGGGAUUCUGACUUUCGAUUUCAACGCGCGUCAUCAGGCUGA